AUGAGGGCCUCGCAGAGUCGGGCUCGACCCUCGCGAACGGCUCACGUCGCCGUCGUCGUCGCAGCACUCGCCGGACUCGCCUGCUUCGCUCGUGGCUUCUUCCCCGUCAAGCCACUGCUGGCUGGAUUCUCUCCGGCACAGGACUAUGCACAGACGUCCCGCAGAUACGACGCUGGCGCGAGCGAGCGGUCAGAUGCGUUCUCCCGCUUGGCUUUCGUCGUUGUCGACGCCCUCCGAGCCGACUUUGCGUUCGGCCCCAACUCCCACAUGACCUUUGUGCAGUCCCUCGUCGACUCAGGCGAAGCUCUCCCAUACACCGCUGUCGCCCAAGCCCCGACUGUGACCCUCCCACGCCUGAAAGCGCUCACGACCGGGUCGAACCCAACCUUCCUCGACUCGAUCCUCAACGUCGUCGAAGAGUCCGUCACAAGCGCCGCGUUCGAGCGUGUAGACUCGUGGGUCCGCCAGAUGGCGAUGCAAGGCAAGAAGAUCGUCUUUGCGGGCGACGAUACGUGGUUGAGGUUGUUCCCGAAGGAGUGGUUCAACUGGACCGACGGAGUCAGCAGCUUCUUCGUGUCGGACACCGUCACGGUCGACACGAACGUCACCCGCCACCUCGACUCGCUUCUCGCCUCAGCCACGGAGUCCGAACGACGCGACUCUGCGCACGCGCCAGCCGAAUGGGACGUUCUGAUACUGCACUACCUCGGCCUCGACCAUGUCGGUCACCUCGGUGGACCUCGCAGCCCGCUCAUGCCGUCCAAGCAGCAAGAAAUGGAUCAAGUCGUCGAGCGUAUCUACCGCGACCUCGAACGACGAGAUGCGGAAGAUGGCCAGCGGAGCUUGCUUGUCCUCGUCGGCGAUCACGGCAUGACCGAGGGCGGCAACCACGGCGGCUCGACAGAAGCGGAGACUUCGGCGGCUCUCCUCCUAGCCUCGCCCAACCUUCGCACCAAGGCACCAGUCCCUCCGACACGGCACGCUAGCUCGUACAGGCUGCACGAAGUAAUUCAGCAGAUCGACCUCGUUCCAACUCUUGCCGUACUGAACUCGAUGGGCAAGCUCGUCCCGUCUGCGGUCGAGGCGUUACGACCAGCUGCCCUCGCUCAAGCGCUAGCAGCCAAUGUGAGGCAACUGGUGGAGGUACUGUCAGCGUCGGCAGGCGUCGCCGCGGUCGAUCAGCUGGCGAAGGAAGCGGCCGGCAACUCGAAUGCUUCGCUUGCAGACUUGCUUCGCUCGAGCAUUGAAGCCCAGCACGAGUUCCUCCGCUUGGCGCAAGACCGUCUCCUCGCCUCCUCAUCCUCCUACCAGCUCUUUCCUCUCUACUCCGGCCUGCUUAUCCUCGUCUUCGCAUCCAUCGGUGCCCUCUCGCUCUGUCAAAGGGUCUGGCAAGUCGAGACGAAGCAAACGAGAUGGACGGUCGGGCUCGCGCUGGUCGCCUACCUCGGGUCGUUCUUCGCGACGAGCUUCAUUGAGGAGGAACACGAGUUAUGGUACUUCUUUGGCGCCACUGGGCUCGUCCUUCUCGCCAUCCGGCCCACCUUCAGCUGGACAGAACGCCUCACGCUCAUCCUUGCGGCCGCCUCGAUUCGCAUAUACCGCAGCUGGGCGCACAACGGCCAGAAGAAUGUGCCGAACACCUCGCUCUCGCUCGUCCUGUCGUUAUAUCCGCGCCUCACCUUCGCCCUCAUCCUCAUCAGCUAUUUCGUUCCUCUCAUCGUCGCCCUCAGCGCUUUGGCACAAGCGUCCCGAACUUUCGCUCGCUCUCGCCCAACUGUCGGACAGGCAAUCGCCAAAUCCGCGACCUUCGCCGUCUUCGCCGUGCUGGUCGCCAUGCAAGUCGUCGUCGGGCUAGCGAUGCACAGGACGCGUUCGAUGCCGGAGGACGCGCAGGGAUCGCUUGCGAAGGCGUUGGAGAAGCUCGACUUGGACAACGCGGAGGCGCUGUCAAGGGCAGGGUACUGGAUCUGCGGCGUUGCGUGGGCAGUCUUGCGGCUCAUGUCACACAGAGCAGAAGGAGGACAAAGCUGGCGCUCGACUCUCACCCUCGUUCACGCGUCGCUCCUCCUCAUGUCUCUGACGAGACCAGCCAACGUGCCUCUCAUAUGCGCUUUCUGGAUCCAGCACGAGGCUGUGAGCCGACUAGCGCGGAGAGCGGACGCCUCGCCCGCCCAACUCGCUUUCCUUGUCGCGGCGUUCCAGGCGACCGGCUUCUUCGGUCUCGGCGGGUCAAACUCGCUGGCAUCCGUCGACCUUUCACAAGCCUACAACGGCCUCUCCUCCUACUCGUUCGCCCUCGUCUCGCUCCUCACCUACUUCUCCAACUUCUCGCUCCCGAUCCUCCAUUCCCUCUCGCUCCACACGAUACCCAACCCUCUGCGCUCACUUACCCUCCGAUACCUCACCCCAUUCCAUACCCUCGCACUCACUGCGCUCGCCUUGAGCGCGACCUGGUUCCGCUACCACCUGUUCAGUUUGACUGUGUUCGCGCCGGCGGUGCUGUAUAGGGUUGUCUGGUUCGGACUCGUCCACCUUGGGACGAAUCUUAUACUGGCUCGACUUGUUAUGAGCGGGUAG